UUGAACAUUGUCGGUAAAUUUCUGUUCUUAGUUUUCUAGCCACGACUUCGCUUCAACUUGAGAACAACGGAGAUAGAUAGAUUCGUCAGUCCAUAUGGCUCUUUUUGAUCCCAUUCAAGCGAUCGGGAACAAAAUAUGGGAACGUGAACGUCAUCGUCUGGAAGCGUGGUCGGAAAGACAAGUCUUGAUGGUGAAUGGCCUCUUCAAUUUGAUUGCAGCCAUUGUAGCGGCCAAAUCGUUCGAAUACCUUUCAUGGGCCGGGUUUGGGGGCGUGGUCACAGCCCUGGCCAUUGGCAAACAGGUCCUUUUAAGGCGAUUAGAACGCCUUCCAAGAUCAUGGUAUUCUUGUACCGACAUUCCUCUCCCGGAUUUGAUCAAGGAAAGCAAGACGAAAGUCCGAGAGAUGCUGAGUCAACUUCGGGAGCCCAGUCGAGAAUUCGAGUUUGAUGCGGACAAAGUGCGGCUAUUUUGUUUGGGCGAUGCCAAGCCUUCUUUGAAUUGGCUUAAUCACACGAUUCGCACACUCUGGCUUAACCUGAGGGCUCAAGUGAAACAUGUGGUUUUGCAUGAAUUAUGGCCGGAGAUCAUUCAAAAGAAGCUCGCUAACACGCCCCUGCAUUCGUUGAAACUCCAUGAUUUCCACAUUGGCGAGCAUCCCGUCAGAGUGGUAGAUAUCAAGGUCGAGCCUCAUGGCGAAGAUGAUUUGGUGGUGGAUGUGGAAUUGGCCUACGAUGGUAAUGCCAACGUGUCCUUGACCGUGUCCCAAAGUGACUUGAAAAUUUCGAUCCCGGCCAAGUUGCAAAAGCUCAAGAUCAGCAACCUCAAGCUGCGGAUCGUGGUGAAAAAGUUCCUGCCCUGUCUUCCAUUUAUCGGUGGUCUCCAGGUUUCUCUGCUGGAAGAACCACUCAUGGACUGGGAGACCUCGGGUGUGGUUCAAAUUACCGACAUUGAUAUGUUGAAAUCGAUUAUCAAGAAGCUGGUAGGCAAACAUGUGUUCAAGAAAUUGCAACUACCCAAUCGGUUCACACUGCCCAUGAGCAUGAUUGCGGGCAAUUCACUCAAGACCAUGGCAGCGGACAUUGGGGCUAGGUACCAGACGAUAUCAGCGUUGGAAGUGGCCAUGCCUCAGCCCAUGGGGGUACUACGAGUGACGGUCCAUCAGGCGGACAACCUUCGACUCACUGAUUGGUCCCUGAUCAAUUUCUCGCAUCAUACCAACCCAUUUCGACCCAGUAGAUUUGCCAUCUCUGAGAUUCUUCCCAAGAGAAUUCUUGGGAAGUGUUUUGUCAAGGUCAAUCUGGGCGGGAUGAGCUUUUCCAGCGAGAUCAAAUCUAGUUCCUCGAGCCCCGUUUGGGAUUACUCUUGUGACUUUCCCAUUGAAUACUGCACCGACGACGAGAUCACGGUGGACAUUUGGGACAAGAGAUUAGCCAAAGAUCUUUACUUGGGAAGGGUCACUGAAAGGAUUCGUCGAGUUUUCGAGAGUCCAAACCGACUUUUGGAAGGCUGGUACAACUGCCAAGUUUAUCAAGGAAGAGUCUGGCUCAAACUCGAAUGGUUCAGGCAAGUGAGAAUGCUCUCAUUAGAAGAGGUGCGACAACCCCCGAGCAAUAGAGGCUUGCUAUCGGUGGUUUUUGGACAUCUCAGAUAUCUACCCCAAGUUAGAACCAGGAAGAUAAGACCCCAGUGCUUCUUACGAAUACGGUAUGAUGAUGAAGAAGACGGGGUGCUGCUUCAUGAAGUUGCUUCCAACGAGUCGCUCAGUUUAAAGAACAAGCACGUCUUCAAUGAGGGCAAAAUUGUCAGGCUGCACAAUCUGGAAAAACUCUACCAUCAUGGGGUGGUUGAACUUGAAGUGAAAGACUGCUCAUCAGGGGCAAGUGUUUGCUUUGAAGCACUCACCUUCCGUGGACUUAUUCACAGCCCCUUGAAUGGUCGGGACAUGUUGAAUUUGCUCUUGAAGGGAGAACAAGGCCUCUUGAGGUUAUCGAUUCAGGCUGAAAUUCUCCGUGAUGUUUUCGGCUCUCCAUCUCCUUUUGAUUCGGUCCAAUCGAAAUGCUUUGAUCAAUGAGAAGGUGAUAAAUUGGAAACCAUUUAACGUCAUAAGAUUUUACGACCCACCCGGUUUCUUAAGUUAUGAGCAGAUGGAUCCAGCGUUGCAAAGAUGGACUUGCUCAGAUUAAAUCAAAAACUUCGCCCUACUUGCGAUUUGAUUCAUAUUGCUUGGGAUUGCCAAGGAGGAGAGGGCGCCAAAUACCAUUACCCGAUUGACCAACUGGAACAUGUGAAUGACUUUGAGUAUGUUCUUUUUUUCUUCUCUUCCUCUCUGGAACAAGUGGGUCAGCACCAAAGUGGAACGGCGUGAGCUCCACAACUUAUGACUACAAUUACGGCUCUUAUAUUAAUUAGGCAAAACUACGGGGUUCACUCGAAAGACUAGUUUCCCUCCAUUCAUCCUUCAGCUAAUGAAAGACAGUGACUAGGGGAGAACAUGAAUGUUCCAAAAUAUGGCAUGGCGAUGAUAGCCGCCAUGAUGAACGGUUCUUCUUCAAUAGCAGACACAACCAUCCGGCUAAUACAGGAUAAAAAAGCCUGGCCCCAAGCCAUGCGUAUAUCAACUAUCCUGGCUGGCUUUGAACAAUUCAGGAGUGGUUGG